CAAUAAAGUGGUAUAAUCAUAACAAUAUAAGUUGGAUAAAAAUAGUGAACCAUGGGAUUUUUAAGCGCCAAGAACUCGGACUAAUGGCUCCGAGCACCAGGUCAAAGACACAAUGAUGAUGCCCUCCCGGUCGACGCCGAACCUGCAGACGACGGCCCAGGAGAGAAGCGGCAAGUUCUACUACGAAACAACGACGACGAGGGAUGAAGAUUCUCCUCCUCCAGCACCGCCGGUCCGUGAUUCCUCCAGCCUCCGCAGCGUCAAAUAUGGACCCGGUCACGAGAAGUUCCCAUCGUGGCCGGUUCCGUCGGCCGCCGAGACGCCACAAGCUCUGCGUGUCCCGCCGAGCGGCGGUUCGCACCGCUCCAAGUCUUGGACUGACCACACAAAUUAUCCUAAAGAGAAGGUCGUGACCUACACCCGACCCUACAUGAAGCGACAACAUUCCUCGCAUACUCAACAGAAACUCAAAACUGUAUUGGAGAAAUGCGAGAAGAUUCCGCCAGAGGUGUACGAGUCUCGGUACGAGGGCAGACUAUACCUGCCGCACGUGGACCGCGACGGAAAGCAGCUCGGAGACAUGGAUUACAUGGUGCCAUCGCCCCCGGAGAGGGACACCUGCAAACCGCAACUCACGCAGGCCGACCUGGAGGAGUACGCCAGGUCCUACCAGGACCCAUCCAUACAGGAUAAGACUCACCUGCCGGAAACUACCGGUCUGGAGGAGUUCAUCAAGUAUGCAAGAAACUACGAGGCCUCGCUCUAUCCGCAGAAAACUGAGGAGACGAUGCUGAUGCAUCUGCACCAGAAGCAGCUGUCCUAUGCACAGAGCGAAGGCUAUCACAGCUACGUGUCCAGCACUGAUUCAACUUCGACCCCGUUCCUGGAUAGACUCAGGAGGGACAGCGAAGCCACCCGACACAAUUCGUCCAACUGGGAGGACGAAACUGAUAAUAGCCGGAGAGAAGGAAGAGACAGCGUCGUAACAACAAGUUCUGGAAGCGCUUCCUCCAGCGAAACCCUCAAAUGGCACGGCUCCAUGAGCGACGUGUCCGUGGCCAGUUCCUCUUGCACCCAUCUCGCCUCCAAUAAGCAACUGAUCGCUCAUAGCGCCAGGGUGCAGACGCCUCAAAGGCAUCACUCAGAGAGUGUCCUCUACAUGGGAGGCGAACCGCAAGAGGGCUGGAAAGACAGGGAAUCCAGAAACAACAACACCAACAAAUUGAAACUAUUCCCAGUCAACACGUACACAGUUCCAGAGCAACAGAGCCCCACGAUCAGGCCGACCACGAACUCGUUAUCAGUUGCGGACAGGAUAAGCGAGUUGGAAAAGCAACAAAAGUUCUCCUAUUUGGAUCCGGAGAAGAAGCACAAGAUUCCAGAUCCCACACUGAAAGCUAUACAAAAGAAAGCGCUUCUUUCGUUCUACGAGCGUCAUCAGACUUCCAGCAAAAACAGCUGGCGCUCCGAGCCACAGCUCGCCCAAAGUCUUCAACCAGUUCCUCAGCCUCCGCCAAGAUUCAAAGUUCAAGUACCAUCUCGACGGGCAUCCUCCGCCUCAGAUUACGCUUCUAACAAUAACUCGAAACGCAGUAGCGUCGCAUCGAUUUCCAAGAGUACCGAACACAACCAGAAGCUAAUGCCGCGACACCAGCACAGCAACUCCUGCGGAAGUUUAUCCACCGAUCUCCUUGGACCGGUCAUCGUCGGGCCAUCGAUAUCAGUCGACGAUUGGGUUCCGGAAAAGCCUCCGGAUCGACCUCCGAAAAAUCCGCAUCUCAGAACCGCCUAUCCGGACUUAUUCACAGAUCGAAGGGUUCCCAGCCCAGAUCUACCGCCACCCUCGCCUCCUACAGUCUUAGAAGAUGAAGUCUUCCACAACGACGAUCCGCUGCCACCACCGCCCACCGAACUGGAAACCUCUGAUUGGCAACAUGAGUUCCAUGAUCGCUUAAGCAAAAGCACGGAUGAACUGAAGCAAACCGUCGGGCUUCCUAGUCCUUCGAAAGCGUACUCUAGCACACGAUAUCCUUCCGGGAAUCGUUUAACGUUGAACGGAAACGUGGCUGUGAGCCAAAAGGUAUCGGAUCAGUACAGAGCGGAACCCUUGAGGGCUCAACCAUUGCACAAGGAGACUUCGAGGAGGUCUUUGCCUGCAGAAAUCACAAGGAACCCGCAGAGGUCUUCAAUAGCCGAAGGAACGAUCAGAGAGGCUCCUCCUCCACUACAACCCAGGCAGAUGAGGAUCAAUCAGAGCAUGAGAGCUCGCAUCACCGAGAACAGACCUGCUGGUAUAGCUUUAAGGAUGUCUCCUCCAAAAGACGAUAAACUAAAGGACUCCAAAGUUGCCUUGGGAUAUUCCAUG